AUUUAGGCAUCUCUCUCCUCUAGUCUGUCUGUCUGUCUAUAUCAACAUUUCAAAUUCUUAUUAUUUUCUAUUUUAUUACUGUGCAGUACGUUAUUCUCCCUCUGUUUGUCACAACACUUUUGAAAUUUUCUUCAGCAAAUCUCUGCGAUAAUCUUCCAAUGAUCACCAUUGCCUUACGAUCUUCUCAUUUCUGAAACACCCAGCGAUUUUGGAGAUUCUGGUUCCCAUUUUGCUGUUUACAACGAUACAGGGUAAGAAAUUGGUAGAGUAUAGCUGUAGUCGAAAGAUGGGUGUGGAAAAUUACCAUGUUAUUGAGCUUGUAGGCGAAGGAUCAUUUGGGAAGGUAUACAAGGGAAGGCGCAAGUAUACCGGCCAGACUGUUGCAAUGAAGUUUAUAAUGAAGCAUGGGAAAAGUGACAAGGAUAUUCACAAUCUAAGACAGGAGAUUGAGAUUCUUAGAAAGCUAAAGCAUGAAAAUAUCAUUGAGAUGCUUGAUUCCUUUGAAAGCCCUCAGGAGUUCUGUGUUGUGACCGAAUUUGCGCAGGGUGAACUAUUUGAGAUUCUCGAGGAUGACAAAUGUCUUCCUGAAGAACAAGUUCAGGCAAUUGCAAAGCAGUUGGUGCGAGCAUUGCAUUACUUGCAUUCCAACCGCAUUAUCCAUCGUGAUAUGAAACCUCAGAACAUUCUAAUUGGUGCUGGAUCUGUUAUUAAGCUUUGUGAUUUUGGAUUUGCACGUGCAAUGUCUACAAAUACUGUUGUUCUGCGAUCUAUAAAAGGCACGCCACUGUACAUGGCUCCAGAAUUGGUACGGGAACAACCUUAUAACCAUACUGCAGAUUUAUGGUCUCUCGGAGUCAUACUGUAUGAAUUAUUUGUUGGUCAGCCUCCAUUUUACACAAAUUCUGUAUAUGCACUCAUACGCCACAUUGUUAAGGAUCCAGUCAAAUAUCCUGAUAACAUGAGUCCAAAUUUCAGAAGUUUUUUGAAGGGAUUGCUCAAUAAGGUACCUCAAAAUAGAUUGACAUGGCCAUCUCUUCUUGAACACCCUUUUGUUAAGGAAACUUCCGAUGAACUGGAGUCCAGGAAUUUACGUUCUGUAAAUGCUAGAGAGUAUGAUGCAGCAUGGAAAGGAGAAGGAGGCAGAACUUAUCUGCCAUCAGUCGCAGGUAAAAUGAAUUCCCCCUCUCGUUUAGAGAGCAGUAAUGGGCCGGCCUGUCAGAAUGAUACACAGUUAAAUGUUCCUGGCACUACUGCAGGCAAUUCUUCACCACAGGACUUCCCAGGAUUUGCAGAUCCAAAUGAUGCUAAAGAGCCAGGUAACCAAACAUUUGAUAGAUUGGAAAGUGCUUCACGUACAGUCAAAGGAGCACAAAUCAUUUGUCAAGAUACUGAGGCUCUACGACAUGUCUUGUUACCACUAAAAAGAUGGCCCAAAGGAUCUUCAACUCCUUGCAAAGAUCAUGAUAUUCUUAGUUCAAAUCAGUCACUAAGAAUUCUUUCAAACUUAGUUGCUGCUGGUACAAUUCAUGCCAGUGGACUACUUGAUGAAAUAAUACGCGAUCUUCUUGUUUUCACUGCCAUUAUUGUUGGCUUGAAGUCAUCUGACGUUAAUGACUUGAAAGCGAAGAGUUUGUGUAUCGUGAAAAUUUUGGUGGACAGUGGGGGAGGAAGUGGCAUUACUGGCUCAUACUUCAGGCACUGGGUUGCUUUAGCUGACAUAUUUUCACAGGUCGCUGGCUGCAGUGAAGAUGUGCUUGGGAAAGUUUUGUAUGAGUCCACUGCCUGCAUUACUGUCAUAUUAUCUUCAGUUUCCCAAAGUUUAAAGGCAUAUUUUUUGAGUUCCGAUCGUGAUGACAUGACUGUUCCUAUCGAAACACUUAAACAGAUCUUGGAACAUGCUAAAACGUCUGGUUUAGUGGAUCAUUUGUGUCUCUGUUUAGCUACCACGGGCUCAAGUCUUAUCUCGGGUUCUUCUGAAAUGCUGCGUGCUGCUUGUGAAGCCUGUCGAGCUAUUUGGUCACUGAUAGAUGCAUCCGAAAUUCUACACGUGAAAGGAAGUGCAAAUCAAUUUCCCCUAAGUGCAAUGCAAAGUCAUUCUUUGGCCCGACUUGACAUCAGUGAUCAGGAAAGACGUUCAUUGCUUAAUUCAGAAUCAGCAAAAUUUGCUGAUGCAGUGACAAAGGCAUUCUUAAGAUCAAAGGCUGUCCAGGUUGCUAUAUACUAUUGUCUUCAUCAACGUAAUGAGGCUUCAUUAUGUGCUGGCAUUCAGCUUUUGUUGAGGUGCUGUCUACACAGUGGAAUGGUGCCGGGUGUUUUGUGUGGUCUUCCAAGUUCCCUACCAGUAACUACUGUUGUCAGUGGUGGAGGGGAUGGCACCAUUAUUUCAGAGGUUUUCUCUGUACUUUCUUUUUGUGCUUCCUCUUCCAAUAAAGAUACAGAAACAGGUGAAGCAAGUAAUUUGAAGUGCAAAUUAGCCAAUCCCAGUGCAUUGGUUCAGCAUUCUUGUCUCAUUGUUGCAACAAUUGCGCAAUGUUUAAAGGCAACUGGAAGAAACUCUGCGUUAUUUAUGCUUACAACUUCCCAAAAGAAGCAGGUUUCUCGACUUAUGAUUCUUGCCCAUUAUUUCUCUUCUGAUGACAGAACAAAAACUUCCUUUCAACCCCAUAUUGCCUCAGCUAUGUUGGCUUUUGCUUCCAUUCUAUCCCUUGAAGUUGGAUCUUCUGUUGAAUCCUCUGUCUCUGAGAUAGCAGUGCCUUUGAUUCCUCGAACUGCCACACUUUACGAAUGCCUUAAAAUUUCAUUAGGCAAUGAAAAUGAAAUUAGUACCGAGGCUGCAAAUGGUGCUCUUUCGUAUUGGCAUGGCCUUAAGGAUGGAUGUGUUGGUUUGUUAGAAUCCAGGCUGAGGUGGGGAGGACCACUCGCUGUUCAACAGCUGUGUGCAAGUGGCAUCCCUCUGCUUCUACUCGAGUUGUUAGCUAAAAAACCUUCGAAAGCUUCACCUGAAGGAAUUGACAGUACCAAAGAUAAAGCUGGACUAUCGCCUACAGGAGUAGUGUGGACAGUUUCAUCAAUGGGUCACUGCCUUUCUGGGGGAAGCACCACUUUUCGACAGAUUAUGAGGAGUGAUCAUAUGAAACUGAUAUCUGAUUUGAUAGGUGAUGUACAUCUCAAGCUUGUAAGAUGCUGGGUUGGGCCUGGUGGAGGCAGGGAUGGCGUAAGAGAUAUAAUAAAUUCAGUAAUUGAUCUAGUAGCAUUUCCUCUUGUUGCUUUACAGAAUGCUCCAGGACUGCCUUCUGCUACUGCUUCUGUAAAUAGUGGUUUUAUUCUCAAUAUGGGUUCACCAGGUGGGAGGGUGUGUAUGGAAGACAAGGACAUGGUGAAAGUAAUUGAGGAAGAUUUUGGAAAGUAUAUUAAAAUUCUUUUGGAGGUGGGAGUUCCUGUUGUCAUUCUACGAUGUUUGGAACUAAUGGAUUUAAAAGAUUUAGGAAGGCCUGUUGCUUUUCUUGCUAAAAUGAUGAACUAUCGACCUCUGGCAACUCAACUUGUAAAUAAAGGCUUGUUGGAACCUAAUAGGUGGAGAAGGUUGUUUGAUUCUUCAAGCCCUAAAGAAGUCAUACUGGAUGCUCUUAUGAUUGUUUCAGAUUUAGCUCGCAUGGAUAAGGAACUUUAUGAAUACAUCAACAGGGCUUCUAUUUUGGAGCAUCUGAAGGGAUUUCUUAUUCACGAAGAUCCCAACAUCCGUGCAAAAACAUGUAGUGCUCUAGGCAACAUGUGCCGGCAUAGCUCCUACUUUUACAGUUCCCUUGCAAUGCAUCAAAUCAUCGGCCUUCUAAUUGAUCGAUGCUCUGAUCCUGACAAACGCACACGAAAAUUUGCUUGUUUUGCUAUUGGAAAUGCUGCUUACCACAAUGACACGUUGUAUCAAGAGCUGAGGAGAUCCAUACCUCAGCUUGGCAAUCUGUUGCUUUCAGAAGAAGACGAUAAGACUAAAUCGAAUGCUGCGGGUGCAUUAAGUAAUCUCGUUCGCAACUCCAACGAGCUUUGUGAAGACAUUGUGUCUAAUGGAGCCUUGCAGGCUUUACUGAAGUUGGUAGCUGACUGUUCAGCGGUAGCAUUAGCCCCAAGUAAGAAAGAUGCUCUAAACGAGUCACCUCUAAAGAUUGCCAUGUUUUCAUUGGCAAAAAUGUGUGCACACCCACCGUGCAGACAGUUCCUUCGUUCAUCAGAGUUGUUCCCAGUGAUUGGGAGGCUCAGGCAGUCCCCAGAAAAGGAAAUUGCCAAAUAUGCCUCCGUUGUCAUCAGCAAAGUAAGUGAUGCCUGAACUGAAGGACACUGAGGUAAUUCUAGAGUGAUUACACAACUGUUGAUAGAAAGAAACACAAGUUAGGUAAAUGUGAGAGUUUGCCAGUCAUGUUUUUGAUACCCCCAACCCAAGUUUAGUCUCUUGUAUAUGGUUGUUUUUAAUUAUCAGUUCCAACAAUAUACAAGUUUCCGUCUUAAAGUAUUUCUCUAUAUAUAUAACAUGGCUCUCUGGCUAUGCUUUGGCCAAAUAUAUUGCGGUAUA